AUUAAAAAAACCUCAAAAAACAUGAUCACACAACCGAACGUGCUCAACCAGAAGAACCCCCACCACCAACCCUCUUCUCCAAAGGAAUUCUUCCAUAAGCUCUACGGCGACCUGGACUCCCCCAAAGGCAAAAAAGACGACGAUAGGUCCAAAAUCACCCAUUUUACAGAACCAACCACCACCACCACCAUGGACUGUGAUAAACUCCAAAGAACCAGGGAGGAACUGGUGGUACCCGUGCCCAUAUUGGCCGCCCCUUUGCCCUUUUUACUACCCCCGGAGUCUCAGUUGGCUGCCGCCGCCGCAGGGUUGUCGGCUUUCUUAGCGAGACGUAGACGUAAAGAGGGUCGUCCGCGUCGUCAGAGGACCACCUUCAGCUCAGAACAGACCCUACGACUAGAAAUCGAGUAUCAGAGAUCAGAAUACAUCAGCAGGAGCAGAAGGUGCGAGUUGGCGGACGAGCUGCGACUCUCGGAGACUCAGAUCAAGAUCUGGUUCCAGAAUCGACGUGCUAAGGACAAGAGGAUCGAGAAGGCGCAUCUGGAUCAGCACUACAGGAAACUAAUGGGGUCAUUCCAGAGCACCCUGUGCCAAACCUGCACCGAGGGUCCCUGCUACCACCUGCACAACUUCAUCGCCUCUCAUCUGCAAAGAUCGAACAACCCCAGCGAACCCCAACGGAGCAUUUUGUAUAGCAACCCCUUGUGCAUAGAGAGCAACAGCCCUAGCAGUAGCAUCCAUGAUUUAGCGUAA